CCCUGGUCCGGCCUCCUGGAAACAGAUGCGGGGCCCCUGGGGCAUCGUAUUGACCUUCCGGCUUGGGAUGUGAAUAUCCAGCAUGGGCACGGGUGGUGAUACGCCUUUGGAGCCUUGUGCGAUUCGUUGACGACCAGGUAAAUAGCAGUAUCAGACGAUAUAAAUUGAUGACUCCUAAAACCCUUGGAGGCUUUUUCUGCUUCAGCAUCAACCGAGUAGACGACAAAGAUGGGUUCAAUCCAGCAGGAUGUCCCUGUGACGGGAAUCAAGAUCGCCAUCGAUAGAGGUGGGACAUUCACAGACAUAUGGGCUACAGCCCCCGGACAGCCUGACCUUGUGUUCAAGUUGUUGUCCGUUGACCCUGCCAAUUACAGUGAUGCGCCCACUGAAGGUAUCCGAAGGGUUCUCUCGACUUAUGGUAAUACCGAGAUUCCGCGGAAUACGCCUCUGCCAAAGUCGAACAUUGAGAGCAUCCGAAUGGGCACCACCGUUGCUACAAAUGCCUUACUGGAGAGAAAAGGCCGGAGGCAUGCCUUCUUGGUCACCAAGGGAUUCCGAGAUCUGCUAGAGAUUGGGUAUCAGUCACGGCCACGACUUUUCGACCUGAACAUCUCCAAGCCAGAGGUCUUGUACUCGGAGGUCUGCGAAGUCGACGAGCGUGUGACCAUUGAAGGUUUUGACGAAGACAUCGAUGGUCAAUUCGACAGCACUGAAGUCGUCCCUGGGGUCCUCGAGAUGGGAGCCAAUGGGCAACUUGUGAGGAUUCUCACACCACUCGAUGAAUCCAGCCUCAAUGCUCAUCUGAGUGAGCUCAGAGCAAAAGGCAUCGAUACCAUUGCGAUUUGCUUGGCUCACUCUUACGCAUAUCCUAAUCAUGAGCUGAGAGCUGGGGAGUUGGCCAUCCAAGCAGGAUUCACCCACGUUUCUCUCUCGUCGCAAGUGGCGGCAAACAUGAUCAAGAUGGUGCCCCGAGGUAGCUCAGCAACCGCGGAUGCCUACCUCACACCCGAGAUCAAGAAGUAUAUUGCCGGAUUCCAGAAAGGGUUCGAAGGCGGCCAUCUCAAUGACGUCAGAUGCGAAUUUAUGCAGUCCGAUGGUGGCCUUGUCCGGUAUGACCAGUUCUCGGGCUUGAAAGGAAUUCUUUCCGGACCUGCUGGUGGUGUUGUGGGAUAUGCAAGGACAUCCUACGAUGAAACAAACCGUAUUGCCGUAAUUGGCUUCGAUAUGGGUGGCACAAGCACCGACGUUUCGCGAUACGGUGGUACCUUUGAGCACGUUUUCGAGACCACUACCGCUGGAGUUACCAUUCAGAGUCCCCAGCUGGAUAUCAACACUGUCGCCGCAGGAGGUGGCUCCAUUCUUGCCUGGAAAAAUGGUCUUUUCGCCGUGGGCCCAGAAAGUGCGUCGUCACACCCGGGUCCAGCUUGUUACCGAAAAGGUGGGCCAUUAACAGUGACCGACGCCAACUUGUUCCUGGGCCGACUAGUUCCUGAGUCCUUCCCAAAGGUAUUUGGACCUCACGAAAAUGAGCCCCUCGAUGAAGACAUUGUACACGUGAAGUUCAAAGCCCUGACAGAGCAAAUCAACGCUGAGACUGGUGGCUCCCUAACGCCGCAGGAGAUUGCCUGCGGAUUCUUGGAUGUUGCUAACGAAGCAAUGUGCCGGCCGAUUCGGGCCUUGACAGAGGCCAAGGGGCAUGCGAUAGCGAACCACCGCUUGAGCUCGUUUGGUGGUGCCGGAGGGCAACAUGCCUGUGAUGUGGCAUCGAAACUCGGCAUCGACACUGUGGUCAUUCACAAAUACUCUAGCAUUCUUUCUGCCUAUGGUAUGGCUCUUGCGGAUGUGGUCCAGGAAGUCCAAAGGCCCUGCAGUCAAGUGUACAGCUCAGAUUCAAGGCGCGUCCUUGGGGAUGUGUUUGAAGACAUGAGGUCUCAAGUUCAGUCCAAGCUAGUCAGCCAAGGGAUCACUGACUCCAAUAUCGAGUACGAGUACUACCUGAACAUGCGCUACCAAGGCACGGAAACAUCCAUGAUGACCAUGGAGAAAGAAGGCUCCGACUUCAGGCAGGAGUUCCUCAAGCGACAUCUCCAGGAAUUCAACUUCGUCUUCCCCGACGAUCGGCAGAUCCUGAUUGACGAUAUUCGGGUGCGUGGCAUCGGUAAAAGCAAGGCUACCAUCGGUGGAACUGCUGAGUUAGCUCAUGAGCUCAACACAUUGACCUUCAAGGAGCCCAAACAGGCUCCCAAUGCGAAGAAAAUGGUAUACUUCAAAAAGCAAGGCAGCGUUGAAACACCGAUCUACCUUCUGCAUGACCUCGCACCGGGCACCUGUGUCAAGGGUCCUGCUAUCAUCAUCGAUUCCACCCAGACUCUGUUGGUGGUUCCAGAGGCUCAGGCAAAGAUUCUGUCUUCGCAUGUUGUGAUCAAUAUCAUCUCAACGAUGAGACAGGACUUGUCUAGCCAUGCAGUUGACCCAGCCACACUGAGCGUGUUUGGUCAUAGAUUCAUGAGCAUUGCAGAACAAAUGGGACGUGCGCUGCAAAACACAUCAGUGUCCCUGAACAUCAAAGAACGCCUAGAUUUCUCCUGUGCCAUCUUUGGGCCAGACGCCGGCCUGGUUGCCAAUGCGCCACACGUACCUGUUCAUCUCGGUUCCAUGAGUUAUGCUGUCAGGUACCAACAUGAACUGCACAAGGGCAAGCUCACUCCUGGGGAUGUCCUUGUGUCCAACCACCCGUCAUCUGGUGGUACCCAUCUUCCGGACAUUACUGUCAUUACCCCUGUGUUUGAUGCUCAGGAGAAGGAUGUGGUCUUUUACGUGGCGUCUCGUGGUCACCACACCGAUAUCGGUGGCCUCGGUGGAACGUCGAUGCCUCCCAACUCGACUGAGCUCUGGCAGGAAGGUGCUGCCAUAAGAUCGUUCAAGCUAAUUCACAAAGGUCACUUCGACGAAGAGGGUAUAACAAAGAUCCUGUUGGAGCCCGGCAAGUACAAAGGCUGUAACGGUAGCCGCCGACUGGGAGACAACCUUUCAGAUCUCAAAGCACAAGUCGCUGCCAACAAUAAAGGUUCCACUUUGGUCAAAGCCCUGAUGGAGGAAUACUCUCAAGACAUUGUGCAUUUGUACAUGUCAGCAAUCCAACAAAAUGCCGAAAUUGCUGUGAGAGCUUUCUUGAAAAAGACUCUUCGUGAGCGGGGACCGGUCUUGUUGGCCCAAGAUCGCAUGGACAAUGGAUCUUUCGUCAACCUUAAAGUCAGCAUUUCUGAAGAUGGCAGCGCUACCUUCGAUUUUUCGGGCACCUCAUGUGAGAUGUUCGGUAACAUGAAUGCGCCGCCUGCCAUUACACAUUCAGCCCUUUUGUACUGCUUGCGACUACUCAUCGGCACGGAAAUUCCCAUGAACCAGGGUUGCCUAGCACCAACAAAAGUUAUCCUGCCCGAGGGGUCGUUUAUCAAUCCAUCCGCGGGCGCGGCUGUAUGUGCGGGCAACACGCAAACUUCCCAGCGCAUUUGCGAUGUGAUCCUGCGCGCCUUCGAAGUUGCCGGCGCAUCGCAAGGAUGCAUGAACUGCCUCGGUUUCUUCGGGGAAGGAGGCCGCGACGCAGAAGGCAAAGCACUGGCUGGUCAUGCCUAUGCUUUUGGAGAGACCAUCUGUGGUGGCUCUGGCGCGACUGCUAUUGCUCACGGUGCCAGCGCGGUUCACACACAUAUGACCAACACGAGGAUCACCGAUCCAGAAUCAUUAGAAAAGCGCUAUCCUGUGGUUCUGCGUGAGUUCUCUAUCCGUGCUGGCUCAGGCGGUAAGGGUAUGCGAUGCGGUGGCAAUGGUGUGGUCCGAGACAUCGAGUGCCGUGCGCCCCUCAAAUUCAGUGUCAUCACUGAACGCCGGAUCACAGCACCGUACGGGAUGCAUGGCGGCCAAGAGGGUGGUCGCGGUGGAAAUUACUGGGUCAAGAAGAACCCCGAUGGCUCUGACCGUUGGAUCAACCUUGGUCCCAAGAACAUGGUGGCAAUGCAAGCUGGCGACCGCUGUGUGAUUCACACACCUGGUGGUGGUGGCUAUGGUCCAGUCGAAGCCCAGACGAAGAUUGAAGAGACAAGACAGCCACCAAAGGUGCAGUAUCCUCGGGCCAUGGGCAGUGUGGCAGCCUACGCGACCACACAGGCAGAGGCAUCAUAGCCUUGCACUAAUUACAUAUAUACCUAUUUUGCACCAAUAGACUCACCAACAGGAUAGAUGAUCGAUAGGAGGUUCCUAGAUCAACAAGUGCAGAGGCUCUACUCGAUUGUCACGCUUGCCAGGACGCUCGGGCUGCUGGAGACAGUUGUACCUAGAUAGGGAGAAUGAUAAAUUGCGAUGAAUGAUAAUAAUGAUGAAUAUUAGGCCAAAUGUGCAUAAAACCACA